CCUCUCUUUAUUUUUGACUAGUAUUUAAAUAAAUACAGUGUGCUUGUAGAUUGACUUGGCUGAAACAGCUAGCAUGGUAAAAAUCAUUUAAAUGUUGAUCGACGACAAGCAACAUUGACCACUAGCUAAUGUUUGAUUUGUAGCUGCAGGUUGCUAUGGCUCGCUGGUUUUUGGCUGCGUGCCUUUUAGUGACGUCCAUUGCAGUUCAGGGUUCGAUAGUACCUAGGGGUUACCGUUUAGACUUACAUCCGUAUCCAGGUGACGGCGUAUUCAAAGGCAAAGUCCGUAUCGAUAUCAUCAAUACAGGAAAUCAGUCCGUGGAUUCUGUUACACUAGACGUACACUCAACUCUCAAUGUGGUCGAUCGUGAGGUUAAAGUCACUCGUGUUGCGAAUUUGGACUCGUCAGAAGAAGAUGAAGUUUCGAUGGAAGAAACUUCAUUAACAGUCACAAAAUUAGAAAAACGAAAGGACAUACAUAAGUUUCAAAUCACAACUAAACAGAGCCUCAAGAAAGAUGUUACAUAUCAAGUAGAAAUUUUAUUCGACGGGACUUUAGGAAGUGAUUCGUCUAGUCCAUUUUAUCAAUCAACGUAUUCUAAUUCAAAACAUUCACAAUUGAAGAAAUGGUAUGUAGCUAUGAAUUUAUUGAAAGGAGGAGGAGCGCAUUAUGUAUUUCCUUGUUUCGAAAAACCUCAUUUAAAAACAUGGAUAGAGCUAUCAGUUGCUCAUAAAGGAGACUUUCAUGUUCUGACAACUAUGCCAUUGGUUGAUACAACAAAUGUGACUUCUGAAGGUGUAUGGGUUCGAGAUCAUUUUUCUAGAUCACCACCAAUGUCUGUUAAUUCUCUAGCCAUGUUCCAGUCUGAUUUCAAGCAUCCACCAAUGGGUGAGAAUAAUGGAAAUAAAGUUGGUGUUUGGGGUAAAGAAGAUAUUUUAAGAUCGUUGAAUACGGCACAAAAAAUGCUUCCGGCAGUUCUAGUCAACCUAGAACUUUACUUGUCUAGACCAUACCCUUUACCAGAACUAAACUUGGUGGCACUUCCCGGCUAUACUGAUGAUAAGCCUAUCGAUGCUUGGGGGUUACAAAUGUUUAGAGAAGUAGAUCUUUCUAAGAAACGUGAUGAUUUUUGGAUUGCUCAUCUUAUUGCGAAAUACACAUCAUUACAGUGGACUGAUCAUCUCACAACUCCACUGUUUCCAACUUCAUUAACUCUAGCAUUGUCAAAAUUCUUAGCUGAUAAGAUGGCAUGGCAGUUAGAGAAACCGGUGUUCAAUUCAUACGUUAGUGACAUGUAUGGAAUGUAUUUAGAAUAUGAUAAACCUGGUUUUACAGAAAUAAAAUCACAAAUGGAAGCUCUGAAUGCUACAAAAAUUCGUUUCGUAUUGGGAAUGCUCGAACACAUAUUUGGGCCUCAGUCAUUCCGACAAACAAUCCAAUAUUUUAUGUCUAGCAAAGAAUAUCAUGCUUAUUCUGAAACUGAUUUUUGGAACAAAUUAUCCGAUGGAGCAUAUCAUGCUGGUGUAUUGAUCAGAAAUAGAAGUCCAGUUUCAAUUGAACAAAUUGUAAAACCGUGGCUACAAGCUGAUAGACUCCCUGUAGUUACAUUUAGGAGAAAUUACAUAAACACAACCGUUCAAGUUAUGCAGGAACCAUUUGUAUUAAAUGACGAUGAGGAUGACGUGUCAUCCCCCGCAAGGAAUACUAAAAAUUAUUUAUGGUGGAUUCCCAAUAUUGUUGUAUCACAAAAUAAUUUGACCGUACCAGUUAGAAAUAUAAGUUGGUUGAAACCAAUAGCAAGUCAAGAGGUAGAAAUGAAACAGUAUAACUUCACAAAUAAUCAAUUCGUACUCUUCAAUCCAGGAAGUUUAGGACCAUUUAUUGUUAAUUAUGACCUAAAGAAUUGGGAACUGAUAGCACAACAUUCAAAACGUUUCCCAGUGAGCAUUCGUCAACAGUUGUUGCAUGAUUCGCUAACACUUGCUUUAUCUGGUCGAUUGUGUUAUGUAUACGCAUUCAACGUCAGCAAACUUAUCGAGCAGGAGCCAGAACCUGCUGUCUGGAAAACGUAUUUCGGACUGGCCACGAGAUUGCGCACUAAGUUCCAGGGAACGCCGGUGGCUCCUAAAUAUGAUAUAUACUUGAAAAAAAUGUUGAAAUCUGUGAACGCUGCGCUUGAACAACCAGAAAGAGGAGAAUCCAGUUGGAAGGCAAAUUUCCGUGCAGAAAAUAAGCGUUUGCUGUGUGAAACAGGACAUCCAACUUGUCUGACAGAAGCCCGGGAUGUCCAAUCGAGAACGAAUACGUCAAAUCCCGACGAGGAUAAAUUAUUCUUGGAUAACUACCUGUGUAUACUUCUCGGAUAUGGAACACUGGACGAGUGGGAGUUUGGAUUACAUAGGAUUAUGUAUUAUCCAAAAAAUAAGUCUCAAACAGAAAGAUUAUUUAUAUUCAGAUCAUUAGCUAGCUGUCCUAAAAAUGAAACAAAAUUUGUCAGAAUGUUGAAUUUGACGUUGAUGAGUGGAGAUCAUAAGUUUAGCGAGGAGGAUAUGUUAACAAUGUUGACUGUUAUGAGUACGGUAUCAUUGGGACACGAAACAAUGUUCAAAUUCAUGAUGAAAAACUUCGAAUAUCUAAGCACUAAGCUGGAAAAGACUGUAUGGGAAUAUUUUGUUAAAACGUCAUUUAACAAUUUUAGAACAGAAGAAGGACUAGAUAAGGCCACCGAGUUUUAUCAAAGAAACAAACGUCAUUUUGUUUCUGUAGAUGAUAUCAUAAAAAAUGCACUGGAUAAAGUUAAGAUUCAAGUCGAUUGGGUAAGGAAACAUCUUACGCCUUUGGACGGUUGGCUCACGAAUGCUUUACAAGAGCCGUGGAGGCCACACGAGUUCCAAUUUAGAGAUGUGCCAUCAUUUGUCAUUGGAUAAAUCAUAUAUAUAUAACAAAAAAAA